AUGGACCUCUGGCUUUGGUCACUUUACUUCCUGCCAGUAGCUGGAGCCCUGAGGGUCCUUCCAGAAGUAAAGGUGGAGGGAAUGCUGGGAGGAUCCGUUGUCAUCGAGUGCCCACUUCCUGAAAUGCAUGUGAGAAUAUAUCUGUGCCGGACAAUUGUUGCGUCUGGAGGAUGUGCCACCGUGGUGUCCAACAGGCACUUCGUCAAGAAGGAAUUCAAGAAUCGAGUCACCCUGGAGCUGUGUCCAGACAGGAAUCUGUUCCUGGUGGAGAUGACAGAGCUUGUCGAGAGUGACAGCGGGGUCUAUGCCUGUGGGGCGGGCACGGACACAGACCGGGGCAAGACCCAGCAGGUCACCCUGUCUGUUCUCAGUGAUUACGGGCCUUUCUGGGAAGAAGAGGCAAUGCCUGAGCCUCCAGCAUGGUUUAACAGAUUUCUCCAAAUGCGUACGCCUCUUUGGUUCCAGAUGCCUGAACAUGCCAGUUCUUUGGAACUCAUAUCCAAAGUAACCACACCGGCUCAAAGGACUGAGGCCCCUCCAGCACACCAUGCCUCCCCCACCACCUCAAUCACCCACCGCCCUCGAGUUUACAGAGCAUCUUCAGUACCAACUGCCCAGCCCACCACCCUCCUGCCAUCUGCCACAGCCUCAAAAACCUCAGCACAGGAGGAACUGCUCAGGCUCCAGACGGCCAGCUACAACCACCAAACCAGGCUUCACAGGCAGAGAGCACUCAACCACGGCCCAGGCCCCGUGUCUGGGAUGGAAGAUCAAGGCUUCUACAUCCUGACCCCCACCAUCCUGGGUCUCAUCCUGCUGGCACUUCUGGGGCUGGUGGCGAAGAGGGUCAUUCAAAGGAGGAAAGCUCUCUCCAGACGGGUCCGCCGACUGGCCGUGAGGAUGCGCGCACUGGAGGCCUCACAGCGGCCCCUGUCACAGCGGCCACGCGUGUCGCAGCGGCCACGCGUGUCGCAGCGGCCACGCACCCAAAACAACGUCUACAGCGCCUGCCCUCGGGGCCCUCGGGGGGUGGACGCUGCUGGUGAAGGGGCGGCACCUCUCCCAGGCCCCGGAGCAUUGGCGCCCCCAGCCCCGCCGCAGGUGUCGGAAACUCCCUGGCUCCAUGCCCCAUCUGUGAAGAUCAGCUGUGAAUAUGUGAGCUUCUACCACCAGCCUGCUGCCACGAUGGAGGACACGCAUUCCAAUGACUACAUCAAUAUUCCCUGCCUGACUCAGCUCUCCAGCUGUCCCCCUGGGCCCAGACCUUGGUGCCAAUGA